CAAUCCAUGUAAUAACGGCGAACAUAAUAAGAGGCGCGAAAUUGGUGUAUGUUAUCGAAUUGUUUUUUUUUUUACAAUAAUCUUAUUACUUAUAAAUGAUAUUAUCUUUCCGAGAAUUGCAAACCAAAGAUGUCUAAGGAUAUUCGAUCGUUUUUCAAGCCUCAGAAAGUGAAAAAGCCAAAAGCAGAAGACGAUGUUGAUGUUAUACCAGAAUCUCCUGAUGUUGAAAUUAAGAUUAAGAAGAGAGAAAAUAGAAAGAAACGAGUGUUGAGUGACUCAGAUGAAGAAAUAUUUUCUACAAAGAAGAAAAAGUCAAAUGAAGAUAAUCAUAAGUUAUCACUGAAACCCAAACAUAAGGUCUUUGCUAAAACAGAACUCAAAGAAGUUAAAGCAGCUGACAUCUUUGGCAGUGAACCCAUUAAGAGAACAGAGCCAAAUGUAAAAUCCAAAAGUAAAUUCCAAAAGAAAACUGAAACUGGUAUUCAUUCAGAUGAUGAUUUUGAUAAAAGUCUUUUGGAACUAGAUAGUACUGAAGAAUUAGCUCUGAAUAAUGUUACAAAGGAAACUACCCCUGUAAAAUCUUAUAAUGACAAAUCAAACAUUACUCUAAAUACAACAAAAACUAAUACUAAUAUUAAAAAGAACAAAUCUCUGGAAGUGAACACUUUUAAUGGAAAUGGGAGUUUGACUGCAGAAAAGCAUGCAUCAGAAACUGUUUCACCAAAAGCAAAAACAAGACACCUUGAUUUAUCCUCAGAGAAUACAUAUGAAUCAAAGCUAAACAAAUUCAGCAAAUCAAAGCAAGAUGUUAAUAAGUCAAAGGCGAGUAACAGUAGAAAUGAGAAUGCAUCCCCAAAUGAAAAAGAUAUUUUUGAAGCAACAGACUUGGACCUAGAUUCAAGUCAAGUAAAAAGCAAGAAGAAAUUUGAGAAGAGCCUGAAUGAGUCUGUUCUUACUGACGAAGAGAGAUACGAACGUAAACGACAUUGGGCAGCUUUAUACCAAAAGUAUUUGAACAGGUCAGGACCUAAACAUUUAGGAGCUAAAACCAUUCCUGAGGGUACACCAAAUUGCUUAAAAGAUUGUGCCUUUUUGUUAACUGGUGUGUUGGACUCCUUUGAAAGAGAUGAGGUGUCUGAAGCUAUUACGAAACUGGGUGGGACUAUCAAAAACUCUAUCAGCAAAAAGGUAACACACGUCUUGGCUGGAGAGGACGCGGGUCCGGCGAAAAUAGCGAAAGCUCAAGACCUAGGUAUUAAAAUAAUAAAUGAAGAUGAGUUUCUGGAAUUGAUAGUGGCUUUGUCCAAAGGAAACACGACUGAAAGCAAAAAUGGUAUCAAAAAAGAAAAAAAAUCGAUUCCAAAAUCGAAUAAGGAAAAGCAUCAUACAGUAAAUAAAAAUAAUCAUAAAUCUGACACCAGUACAAGCAAUGAGAAAUCUGUAGAAGUUAAAACUAGCCCAAAAGUUAUCAAAAGCGAAAUUGUUGAUGUAAAUGUAAAAAAAAUGGAAGCAGAUAAAAAUGAAUACAAGUCUACUGACCCAGAAAGUAAACCCAAAUUAAGUACAAAUAUACCUGAAAGUAAUGUAAAAGUGAAUUCUACUAAUGAUUUACAGGUCUGCUCAAGUACAAAACCGGCAACAGUUGCGGUGCAGUCUGCAAUGUGGGUGGAAAAAUAUAAACCACAAUCACUGAAGCAAAUUAUUGGUCAACAUGGGGAAGCUAGCAACGUUAAAAAAUUAUGCAACUGGCUUACCAAAUGGUAUGUGAAUAGAAAAGCGAAACUACCAAAACCUAGCCCGUGGGCGAAAAACGAUGACGGAGGAUAUUAUAAAGCAGCUUUGCUGUCGGGACCUCCGGGCGUUGGUAAGACGACGACGGUGACAUUGGUGUGCAAAGAGCUUGGGUUCGAUGUGGUGGAGUUCAACGCCUCCGACACGAGGAACAAGACCCUGAUAAAGGAACAGAUCGGCGAGUUGUUGACCACUACUUCCCUUUCCGGAUAUGCCAAGGGUAUGACGGGCAAGCAAGCAGUGUCGAAGAAACAUGUUUUAGUAAUGGACGAAGUUGACGGUAUGGCUGGCAACGAAGAUAGAGGCGGCCUCCAGGAGUUGAUAAGUCUCAUAAAAACAGCAUCAGUACCCAUCAUCUGCAUGUGCAAUGACAGAAACAGCCAAAAAAUGAGAUCUCUCGUCAAUUAUUGCUACGAUUUGAGAUUUAACAGGCCUCGGGUUGAUCAAAUAAAGGCGGCGAUGAUGUCGGUGUGCUGCAAGGAGGGCAUCAAGGUGCCGGGCGAGGCGCUGUCGCAGCUGAUCGUGGCCGCCAACCAGGACGUGCGUCAGACGCUCAACCUGCUCUCCAUGUGGGCUGUGGACCGCGGCCGCGCCGACGCCGACCGCCUCGCGAGAGACGCCUCGCAGACUAAAAAAGAUAUCAAACUCGGGCCAUGGGAAGCCAUACGCAAGGUGUUCUCUGCGGAAGAACAUAAGAGCAUGAGCAUUCACGACAAAAGUGAUCUGUUCUUCUACGACUACAGCCUCGCGCCGUUGUUCGUGCAGGAGAACUACCUGCAAGUUGCGCCACACUGCCCCAAGCAUGAGGUGUUGGAGCGACUCAGCAGGGCAGCCGACAGCAUCAGCGUCGGUGACCUCGUCGAGGCGAGGAUUCGCGGCAGCCAGGCCUGGAGCCUUCUGCCCAUGCAGGCGAUGUACAGCUCAGUGAUUCCCGGGCACGCGAUGGCGGGCCACGUGACCGGCCAGAUCCAGUUCCCGGGCUGGCUCGGCAAGAACUCGCGCAAGAACAAGAUGCACCGCCUCGGCCAGGAGAUCCACGCGCACACCAGGCUGAGCACCUCCGGUUCCAAGUCGUCUAUAUUCCUAGACUACUGCACGCACCUGCGCGAUGCCAUAGUGACGCCGCUCAUCCGAGACAAGAACGACGGCAUCGCUCAGUCCUUGGAAGUGCUGGAGGCGUACCAUCUGUUGAGAGACGAUUUGGAAUCCUUGACUGAAAUGUCGCUGUGGCCCGGCCAAAGGAAUCCUAUGAUUCUAAUAGAUUCGAAGGUAAAAGCGGCAAUGACCCGCACGUACAACAAGAAAGCGAUGGCGCUGCCGUACGCGCCGGGGGCGGUGAAGCGCGCGCGGGCCGCCGACGCCGACGACGCGGACGUCGACGCCGACCACGAGCACGAUGACAGCGACCCCGAGAAUGACCUUCUCAUUAAGAAAAAAAAGAACACUGAGAAAACCGGAGGUAAAAAAGAUGAAGCUUGUACUAGUAAAGACAAGCCUAGUUCGAGCAAAGGCAAAGGAAAGACAAAGUAGUUAUACUCUGAAACACACCCAACUUGUCAGCAGAAAAAAGCGCGAAAUUCAAAUUUUCUAUGGGAAGUCAACUAGGCGCCUAAUUAUUUUUUUAUUUGCCACCUCUCUCUACUGGCAAGGUCGCUGUCCUAGAAGGAUAGUUGUAGUAAACACGCCGUAGACCCUCUUGACAAUCUAACCAUUCCAGUAAUAUAAUGUAUUUCGGACCGAGUUACUGAUUGAUCUAUCCUCGUAAGGGCCAAGGUCCUACUUAAAAGACUUAUUCAGUUCGAUGAAUUUAAUCAUAAUCAAUUGGAACAGAGUUGCUUUGUUUCAUUCAAAAUUCAAACAAAAUAAAAUCAACUGUAUUCCCUGAGCUAAAAUUUCAGUGGCAAAUUUUGGAUAUAUCAUUUGUAUGUCUGAGCCUUAGGAGGCUAAAACUUUCAUGAUUUGUUCAGCCGUUCAUAUUUAUUGUAUAACCAAAAAUAAUCCCUCACCAUGACACGCCACGAUAACCCCAUAAUAUUAACAAAGCGAUAUCAGUGCAGGCAGCUGGUUCAUAACUAUUUUACGAUUGACCAUUAUCAUUUGCCUAAUUCGUGAAGUAAUUGUGCCUUUUAUUAUUUUUAUUAAUUUUUAACCAGACUACAUCAAGAUGGAGCCAGCUAUUUCAUAAACUGGCCCUGCUCCAUGAAGUGGUCGGACAGAGGUCUCGAUACAGAGGUGGGCAAUUGGGCAUGACUGCCAGUGCUCAAGUACCCAAAUUCAAAUAAAUGCUUACGAUAUAAAUGUUCGCCUGUAAAACAAAACCAAAUGAAUCCUUAUGGGACGAGCACGGAAUAAUCUCUAAAUCAAACUUUUUUCCCUAUGUAUUCCCCUGUUUUAAGUGCGCGAAGUAUAAAGUUUUAGGCUUAUGUUUUCGAUUAAAGGCCAGUUGCACUAACCACAAUCGACAGACUUAUCAACCUUACAUAGCAGAGAAUUAUGAAACUACAUACAAUUUAAAAAAAAUCAAAAAAUGGGCCGCAAACUCGACUUUACUGCUUAAAAAAUAGGUCGCGGAAUGCGUAGUAUAUAGUCAGAUAAAAAUUAAAAACAUUGCAGUCACAAUUUGCAAUGUUGCAUACAAUAGUACAUUGUUGGAGAGGCCGGAAAACCGCUCAAAGAUGGACGAGUGAGUUAGUGGAGGCCCUCAAAUAAUACGGUCCAUCUUUAGCGUUUCCGGCCUAGGCAUUACAUAGUACUUCUCACGACUACUGCGAGGAAAUAAGAAAACAUUUGCAUAACUAUAAAUACUUAAAUAGAAAUUAAUAUUUAUACUAGCGUAGCGUGAGGACAAUUGUUGAAAGAAAGCGAUGUAUUUCUGCCAGGUACAUUUAUAAUUUGUUCACUAGAGGAACUCAUUUUUAUACUGUAGAUCCGUGUUUUUUGUAUUUUGAGUGAAACACAAUUUACACUAUCCAAUUCAGUAAGUAUUUUUCGAUGAUGAUGGCGAUGAGAAAGUGAUUGGCUAUGCUAUCACAUAUUUCAAAAACAACUGAUGUGACAUGGUGUGGACACACUAUCCCGUGUCAAUUACGUAGGUCCUAUUCCUCCCGUUCCUGGAUUUCCAACUAUAUUCACUUCUUGCGUAUCUUUGGCGGUAGGACAUCUCCCCAAAUUGCCUUAUAUCCAGAGAUAACUCGAUUUUGGAACCAAUGUAAUAAUUUUGUAAUUAUAUAAAUCGCAAACAUCACAAAUGAAAUUAUUUUAGAUUAGACAGAAUCUCGCUCUGGCGGAAUAAGGUUUACAAAAUUUGAUGUAGGAAUUAUGUGAUAGGCUGAACGACUAAGUUGCGUUUUAUCUUUUUUUAACCCUUUACAUGUCAAUGGAGACUGGUUAGGAAAAAUUUCAAAAAUACGGGCAAAAGUUAUUUCUAAAGUUUGGACCGUAUAAUUUCAUAAAGGGUUAAAGAUUGAUAUAGAAUAGACUGUAAGUACUGGCACUUAAGGCGCCGUGAGUUCAGGUUCUUCUCCCACUCUCACUGAGCGUGAGCGAGAUGGCUAUGCGUGCCCGAGCUCGCGGUUAUCAUUGUUAUGUUUAGUUAGUUUUAUAAAAAAAAAUCGACGAGUUACAUCAAAAAUAAAAUUCCUUAUUUACGGAAGCAAUUCAACUAUUUUUGACUUUUGUGUAAAAUUUAUUAUGUUGCAUUUUAGACCUACAUAUGUUCGUGUUUUUUUUUUCGAUCGAUCGAGAGAAUUAUGUUAAACCGUAUUCGUAUUGUGAUAAAAAAAGCACUACUAUUACUAUUGAUCAUAAACUCUGCUGGCUGAAUCUACGGCACCUUAAGUAUUAUGGUGACAACUCUGAGACUAGCGUUCUCGCGUGCGUGUUAUAGAGCGCUAGAUGUAUUAUAUAUAGAGAGAGCACUACGGAAACGCGCGCGAGAACGCUACUCAUGCUAGCCGGUCUGAUAGAUAACCCCUGCAUGUAUUUUUAUGUAUAUAGUCUUCCCUGCUUAUGGCGUUUUAGGCUGGCCACUCACGUUCAGUUUAACUGUUUUUUUUUUAACCAAUUUUCGGCGCCACUUAAAACAUCAGGUUUAGAAGUAGUAAUUAGGGUCGACAGUUCUCACUGACAUAUAAAAUCUUCUGUUGUUAAAACUGUACACGAAGGUAGCCGCAAACAACUGAAGUAGAUGGCGCUGAUUCACUGAACGGCGCUACCUACUUUAUGAUUACUGGUUUGUCAAACAGCGCCAAAGACACAUAAUAUACGGCGCGGUACAGGCCCGGGUGUCAUGUUCUUGAGCACGGUAUUUGGCACAAUUGUACGCGACUUUGUGUUCCAUUGCGUAUGUUAAUAAUAAUGAUCGGCUGAUUUUUAAAUGUAUGCUUUUGACGCACAUUCUGCGUUACUUACAAUCGGUAAAAUCGUUAGUGGCCAGCAUAAUAAUGUUAAUUAUACACCAACAAAUCUUGUACCUUAACAAAUUUCAUUUCAAUAAAUAUUAUUAUUGUAACAAAACCGUGUUUAGUUAUUUAGUUAUGAGUUGUCUAAUUAAAAAUGCGUAUGUACAGUCAGCGUCAAAUACUUUGUAGCAACCAAAGUAGCCAAAUAGUUCGGUACACCAUAUAUUUAGUAUGGUGUACCGAACUAUUUGGCCACUUUGACUGCUACAAAGUAUUUGAAGCUGACUGUACCUACAUUUUCGCCAAUCCUAACUGUAAUUGUGUACUGUUACUUAUUGAUUAUAUGACUAGUUUUAAAUAAAACGUAGCAUCAUUUUUGAAUGUGUAAAUACAAGCAAAUUACCUCGGUCAACCGACA